UUAGCUUAGCGAGCUAGCUAGCUCGGUCGAUCGAUAGAAUCUAGCUAGAGCUAGCUAGCUGCCAUGGCGAAGCAGUCGUGCUGCCACAAGAAGAAGCUGAGGAGGGGGCUCUGGUCGCCGGAGGAGGACGAGAAGCUGAUGAACCACAUCGCCAAGUAUGGCCACGGUUGCUGGAGCUCCGUCCCCAAGCUUGCAGGCCUUGAGAGAUGCGGCAAGAGCUGCAGGUUGAGGUGGAUAAACUACCUGAGGCCAGACCUCAAGAGAGGCACGUUCUCGCAGGAGGAAGAAGACCUCAUCAUACAGCUCCAUUCCAUGCUCGGAAACAAGUGGUCGCAGAUUGCGGCGCAGCUGCCCGGCAGGACCGACAACGAGGUCAAGAACUUCUGGAACUCGUACAUCAAGAAGAAGCUCCGGGACCGCGGCAUCGACCCCGCCACCCACAAGCCGCUCGCCGACACGUCCACCGCGACGACGGCGACGACUACGGCCGGCGCCGCCGGUGGUGGCGCGCGAGGCGUGGUGGUGCCGGCGGCGUCGUCGAGGCCGACCGCCACCUGUCGCGCGGUGUUCAGCGACGCCGAGCUGAUACCGACGACCGCCGCGGGCGUGCAGCAGGCGCCUCAUCUCGUGGACGCAUUGCAGCUGGAGGGCCUCAAGAUGCCGCUCGACUACUGGCCCGAGGUCGCCGGCGACGGGAUGGCGGCGCCGUCGGCCUACCACACGCUGAACAGCUUACAGCAAGCCGCGGCCGCCGGAUGCGCCGCCUUCGACAUGGACGCGCUGGCGCACUGCGCUGGCGUCCCGGCGCCGGCGGUCGUCGUCCCCUCGGCGUCCAGCUCCAGCACGCUCACCUCGCUGGCCGGCCUCAGCCCCGCCGCGGCCGACGCCGAGCAGGGCGCCAGCGUCGCCGCCGCCGCCACCAACCUGCAGCAGCCGUGGCUGGACCUUGGCCACAAUGCCAACCCCGUGGCGGACGGCCACUACGCCGGCGUGCUCGACGAGCUCAGGUGGUCCGACUACUUCGACGGCGCCUUCCAGGCCGCAGCGGCAGCCACGACGACCCAAGCCGGCGCCCUGCCGGUGCAGUGCCUCUACGACGGCAGCGGCGGCGGCAAGGACGUCGACGACGCGGUCCAAUUCGUCGACGUCCAUGGCCUAAGCAACUGGUGCUAAGGCACGUCGGUAACCUAAUCAUCAAUCAACAAAACCAACGAAGUAACAAAGCAAGCAGCCGUUAAUCACUGCAAAAAAAAAAUGUCACCACUCCAACACUACAACAUCAAAUUUACUAUGCUAGUAGUGUUCCAUUUCAUGUUGCUUAAUUAUUCUUUCACCCUAAAUUUAUCCCUAUAUAUUUUGGUGUUGAGCAGGACAUAUAUAUUAAUAUAAUUAAGUGAAUGUAACAUUAAACCAAAGUGUUAAUUCGCCACACAUGUAAAGUACAUGUACACAUGGUAAUGUUGGUACGUACAGAAUAUUACAGAGAUGGAUGGAUGGGCCAUGCAUGCACGUGGUUAAAUAAAGA